GACGUGACUUAAUUGGGGAAGUGACGUGUCCGCCGCGGCUUGAAAGGAGAGAGGGCGGGGUCGCGCGCGCUCUCGUUUGCUGCCCGCUGUGUCCGUCCCUUCGCGCGCCAAAUGGACUUCUUGAGAAAUGUGGUCACACUCGACUCCCCGGCCUCGCGCCUCCCGAUGACCCGCGCGCACACCCUGGGGCCGUCGGCCGGCCGCCUCUUCCGCAGGAGACUGACCAAGGCCGACAUCGGCCCGCCCACCGGCUUCCGGCACGUUGGACACGUCGGCUGGGACCCGGAGACGGGGUUCGAUGUCGGUCACCUGGACCCGGCGCUGCAGAAGCUCUUCCUGAAGGCCGGGGUCAGCGAGCGGGACCUGCGGGACAGGCUCACCUCGCGCAUCAUCUACAGCGUCAUCGAGCGGCGAGGGGGGCUGGAGGCGGUCCGGCAGGAGCUGCGCGGCAGAGGUCCCCCCGCUGCGCCGGCGCCCAGGCUGGGCUGCGCCCGGGCCGCCACCCCGCUGACGCUGGUGAAGGGGCCCCUCCCUCUGUCCAGACCGACGCCCUUCUCUCUGCUCGCACUAACCACACCUGUGCUCUUGCUCGGGGUGGCAGAUGAAGACCUGGACGACUUCGAUGAGGACUCCGAUGGAGAGGAGUGGUCUUAA